AUGGGUGACUGGUCCAUUCUUGGGCGUUUUCUGUCUGAGGUUCAGAAUCAUUCUACAGUGAUAGGCAAGAUCUGGCUCACUAUGCUGCUCAUUUUCCGCAUCCUGCUGGUCGCCUUAGUGGGAGACGCCGUCUACAAUGAUGAGCAGUCCAAGUUCACCUGCAAUACCCAACAGCCUGGGUGCAACAACGUCUGUUACGACACAUUUGCACCUGUGUCUCAUUUGCGGUUCUGGGUUUUUCAAAUUGUGUUGGUCUCCACUCCAUCCAUAUUCUAUAUAGUAUUUGUUUUGCAUAAAAUUGCUAAGGAUGAGAAGCUAGAUGGGCAACGGGCGCAGGUGCUGAGGCAAAGGCCUUCAAGGCAAGCCGCUGGGCAGAAGGACGGCAAGGAGGCGAUGAGAGUGGGUGUUCCUACUUACUGUCCUCGUUACAGGGAGGAUUGGGAUGAGAAUGAAAGAGUGCAACAAAGCUUCCUGGAGGAGGGUCAUGAUGCACUCGCAGAAGAUCCCACCAAGCAAUCGAACCAAGUUCUACUCAUCUACAUCCUUCAUGUGUUUCUUCGAUCAAUCAUGGAAAUCACCUUCUUAGUGGGCCAGUAUUUGUUAUUUGGCUUCGAGGUCCCUCACCUCUAUCGCUGUGAGACCUAUCCUUGCCCAACUCGCACGGACUGUUUUGUGUCUCGUGCCACUGAGAAAACUAUUUUCCUUAACUUUAUGUUUAGCAUCAGCCUGGGCUGCUUUGUGCUCAACAUUGCAGAGCUUCACUACCUGGGCUGGGUGUACAUUUUCCGUGUCCUUUGCUCAGCCUGCUCUAACUGCUGCAGUCAGGAGAAGGAUCCAGAUAAAAGGCCCUUCAAGCAAAACUCUCUCCUGCUACAACUCAGGCAUUCGCUGAGAGGUCAGCUGGUUCUGCAGAGCCGAUCGGCCAUGGCUCAAGAGAAAACUGGAACUUUGCUCACACAUGCUCCAGCUGUCUCUUUCGAGACGGACUCUACUGUGGAAUGCACCUCGAAGAGGAACCCAGAGAACAUAGACAAGGUGAAGGUCAAGUUGGCCAAUAUGGCCAGGUUGGGACGAACUAAGAAAUCUUGGCUGUGA